AUGGAUGUCGACAACGAACAUUCGGACGCUGGUAGUCAACGGCAACCCAGUGCUGAACACACGCCGCAAGGAGCUUCUGCGCAGGUUGGGGGAGCUUCCUCACAAGGGAAUCCUACCCCCACCUCAAUUCAGUCCUCCAAUACGCCCUCGACUGCAUCAGGUCCUGCAACAACCAACGUCACCCAUACACAAAACUCGAAACGUCGCCGAGGGCUGGGUGUUGUGACGCCCAAUGCCUGCACGGAAUGCCGCAAGAAGCGCGCAAAGUGCGAUGGCAAAAAACCGUGCGGACGAUGUAGAGCACAGAAAGAUGCCGAAUGUGUGUACGAGAUUCCCGUGCGCCAGUCGAAGGAGAACCUCCGAACCGAAAUCGAAACUCUUCGACAGAAGCAGCGUUCAAGUGACCAAGUCUUCGCUGCUCUUGUCCGACCAGAACUAUGGGAAGAGGUCUUGACCCGCCUUCGGGGCGGCCAACCCAUCGAAACCAUUUCAGAAUGGCUAGCAAGCGCACCACGCCCUGGGGAGCGUUCGAUACCUUCGUUUCCCUCCCGUUCCGAGGGACCUACCAUGGGACCUACCCCGGGGUUCCCUGGAGGUUCGCUGGGUACAUUGGCAGCCAUAAGCCUUGGUGCGAACCAUCAACAAUCGCAGCAGUCUUCCAUGAGGCCCGAGAUGGGUCAGCAUAGUCCCUGGCAAUCUUCCUUCAGCCAAACCGGAUCAACGAGGAGCAACUCACACCCCGAUGUCAUGAACUGGCAGACAGAUAUGCGAGGGCCGCCACAAAAUCGAGUUGGGUCUUGGGCCGAGGGGAUGAACCCUGAUCAAAUCUCGGACGGUCUUCCACGAUAUCGUGGAGUUGAACAGAUCCUGUCACCAUUGAAUGAACCGGGGCUGCGAACACCGACUUCAACUUGGACCGUGAUUACCGGCGAUAGCGUUCUUGUUCAACAUCUUUUGGCGUUGUAUUUCUGCUGGGAGUAUCCAACAUUUGCUUCUCUGAGUAAAGAACACUUUCUACAGGAUUUCCAAGAGGGACGGAAUCGAUAUUGCUCACCGAUACUGGUGAAUGCCCUUCUUGCAUUGGGGUGUCGCUUUUCGACGCAGCCCAUGUCUCGAGCCAAUCCCAACGACCCUUAUACGUCUGGCGACCACUUCUUCAAGGAGUCACUGAGGCUAUUUGCCCAGGAAACGGAUCACCACUCCCUCACAACUAUUCAAGCUUUGGGGAUAAUGUCGAUCCGAGAGGCUAGUUGCGGGCGAGAUUCGGAGAGCUGGUAUUACGCUGGGCAGAGUAUUCGACUCGCCAUUGAGAUGGGACUUCACCGGAUAAUGGACGAAGGAGAUGAAGAUGAACUCGCUGUGCAGUCAGCAACCUUUUGGGGUGCUUUUGCGCUUGACCAGUGA